CCAGCUGACACGGUAGGGACUGCUGAGGGUCACAGCUAUAAAAAAGCCAAGCACCUUCCACCAUGCUGGAGAACAUGCUACUGGUUAUAUCCAAUGAAACAAUCUGAAGGAUUAUAGGUAUGACUCUCUGAAGUUCAAAAUUUCAAAUUCUUCCCUCAUUUUUCGAGCAGUGUCAUGCACAACACCCAAAAGCUUUCUGGUUUGUUCUGUUUUUAACCAGCCUGCUAAAUGCAGGAGUAAACACCCUUCUAAACAGGAAGUUCUACAUCUUGUGAUUCAGACAGUUCUGCAACUCCAAACAUUUCCUAAGUUCCUCUUCCUUCAAGCAGAAUCAUUUCCAGAGAGAUACAAGAAAUGGCACCUUUCAACAAACUAAAAAAUGUGCUAGUGCUGGCGUUUGACUGGAUUCUGUACAGUGCUGGUGUUCCAGACAACUGCCAAGUCACUGUAACACAGCCCAGAGUUCAGGAAGCUGAUUCCUCCACGGACAGUGUGGUCCUAACAUGUGCUUUCUCUGCCUCUGGAUGCUCCCAGUCCCCACUUGAAGUUCUGUGGUUUCGCUUUUUAACCAACACACAUCAGGAUUUGUGCACUCCUGGAUGCGCAGACCAGCAGAAGUACAAAGUACAUUUAUCAGAAAGCAGCACUUCACUUGAGAUCAAAAACCUGACUGUAGAAGACAGUGCUGUUUAUAUCUGUGGAAUUGCCUUCUCAGAUUCACAUUCACCCCGUUCCAAACAAACAGGAGAUGGAACAGUACUGAUGAAAACAGGAGCACAGCAGAGCAGUGGGAAACUCGCCUUCACCUCCAUGACCAUCAUCUCAGCCCUGCUGUUCGUGUACAGCUCUGCUGUGUUCACCUUCUUUGCGGUCUACAAGUUAAAACCAAAGCUGCUAAAGAAAAGUGGAAGACCAGAGAACUGUAAAAUAAAUAGUGGACGGAAAGUUUUUCAAGCAAUUGCCCAAGAACUUCAAAAGCACAGGUUUGCUGAGCACUGCCAACAGCCUGAUAACCUGGAAGAUGACACUGUUUACCAGAACAGAUGAGCACGUGCAGCACUUCAGGCCUGGUCAGUGUCUGCUGUGCAAGCAAAGGGGCAGCUGAAGAAGUGAAGCUUUUUCUCAGAUCUCCUUUGCUUUAAAGGGAGGUGAAGGGCUCUGCCCUGCAAGGUUUCCUCAGGAGGAUUUUCUGAACAGCUCACCAAACCCCAGGGCACUGUGCAUUACCCCUGUGUUACAGAGUCCACUGUCCAUGCUGCAGGAAUGAGAACUGUGGGAAAACGGUCCCUCUCUCAUGAGACAACUGCUGAUGCUUCAGAAAAAUUUCUUUUUUCAGUUUAGGUUUAAUUCUAUGUGUUUUUUUUUUUUCCUUUUUACUUAAACUUAUAUGUAUUCUUUUGAUAUGAAUUGAGCAUUUGUGAAAGAUGUAUGAUAAUUGACAGCAACAGAAAAUAAACUUGUUUCAUAGGUGAAAUUCUGGGUUUAGUCCUG